AAGUGUGGCGUCGCGGUUGUUCGUUUGUUUGACAUGCUGCACAGAUGCUGUUCCGUCUAUGGUUCCGUUUCCAUUCAGUGUAACUAACAUUCGCGCACCGUAGUGCUCGAAAUGUUUACUUCAUUCUUUUUUCGAGCAGUAUCCAUAUCUUGCUGCUCCUGAAUAAGAACACUUGGUGGCCACUUUUACGUGAGCAUCUGACUUGCUGAGGCAUGAGCGCCGAGGCCGGAGCUGGCGAUGGUCCGCAGAGUUCACUAGAACCUCCGGACAAUCCCGCUUGUCCAAAAUCCAUACCUUUGUGCAGUCUUGUGGAAGACGGCCUCUACCUUGGUGGGCGAGACGCUGCUGAAGACGUGGAAUUGAUUCAAGGUUUCGGCAUCACUCACGUUCUUACGGUGGACACGUAUCGACUCAAAUUUGAGGGAAAUGUCGUCUGCUUGUACCUCUACGCCGAAGACAGGGCCGAAGAGGACUUGCUUAGUCGCUUUCAUGAGGCCUGUGAAUUCAUCGAAAAAGGACAACAGAGUGGCGCGUGCUUAGUGCACUGUCGCUUUGGUGUCUCGAGGAGUGCGACAUUGGUGGCCGCUCAUCUCAUGCGAAAAUAUGCCUUAGAUUGUGCCGAAGCGCUGCACAAACUGAAGGAAAGGCGUGCCUGCAUUGGACCAAAUGCAGGCUUUGUGGCUCAGCUGAAACUUUACCAAAAAAUGGGGUACAAACUAGACAAAGCGGACCUGCAAUUCAGACUCUUUGUCUUGGAGCGGCUUUCUCAUUUGGCAAAGAAAGCUGGCUCCUUUUAUGCUGUACCGUGUGAAGUGAAGAGCUUCUGGACUGAUCAAGACAAGUCUAGUGGGGAAUGCUUGAGGUGCAGGAAAUGUAGGUUUACGCUCUGCUUCGCAUCAAAGAUUGUGCCUCACACACCAGGCUACAGCAUUGCCUGGUGGGACACUCGCUGGAAGGAGCCGGAAGAGAGGCUUUGCCAAACAAGCAUCUUCGUUGAGCCAACAGCCUGGCUCUUCAACCAAGCAAGGGCACUCCAAGGAAGGUUAACCUGUCCAAGUUGUCAUGGCAAACUAGGAAACUACAAUUGGUCAGGGCUGUAUUGUGAGUGUGGAGCUUGUGCACAGCCAGGCUUUCACAUCACGCCAAGCAAAGUGGACAGGGCUGUUGGUGCAUCAGAGCCUGUCAAAGCCUACCUGCGGCACAGACACAGGCCUGCCACGAGUGAGUGUGGGCCCGCUUACAGUCGCCUAGAGGAAGAGCCUGACGACAGAGAGAACGACUCCCAAUCCACCUGUGAAAGGCUGCAAGAUAAGCCUGUCAUUGGUGAUGUGGAGCUCAUAUCUGCGUGUUGUCAGUUGGAGAAGCAGCCGGAAAGCAACAGUGAGCAAGUCUGUGCCUGCAGUCAACUCGAAGAUGAACAGCAUGAGGUGCACAGCUUUGAAAGUGCAUUGGUUGCUAACUUACAUGAGUCGAAUGAGGAGCAACAAGAUGGUAGAGGAGGAGAGCAUCCAAGAACAAACUAGACUGCAUUCGAAACCAUUCAUUUGUUAAAAGGACAAGGCAGCAAGGAUUGGCACAGGAAAGAAGGCCUGUGGGCAUUGAUGUAAACAGUUUUUCUGUUAAGCUUCUUUAUUUCUACCACAUUGUUUUGUGGUUUCUGUCCUGAACUGACAAUUCCUGGAAGUGAGAAAUGCAUGAGGCUAUGGUGAAUGUUAUGGACUGACUAGCCGCUAUGUUAGCAGAAACCACACACGUGAGAGCGUCCUCUUUUUUUCCUUUUUGUCAUAACUAGGCUUUGCAUCUUGCUCAGAAAAAUGGAGGCCAUCAUUCCAUUACCAUCACUUUUUUAUUAUUGACUCAAGUCACAGAUGAUGUUAAGCCCAACUCCAGCCUGUCUUGGAAAGGCCAGAAAUAAUUUCCUGUGUUGACAUUGCUUAUAUCAGUACACACUGUCGCAUGACCAGUGUUCCAUGACAAAUGUUCCUCCUAUGCUGAGAUUCAUAUAACUGCCAGGCAGAGGAAAGUUUUCAGCGAAGCAAUGAUGGGGUAGUGAGUGACUUGCCGAGUUGCAUGCGAUGCUGUGAACAUAGUUUCAAGAGUUUGCACAAGUUUUUCUGUUUUGAAUGUGCCAGUAAAGCAGAAAUGGUGAAUCAAGCGGCAGGAAUCAUGAUCAAUACAUGCUCAAAAAUGAGGUUGAAUGAUAUAAGGGAGUACAUGUACCUUUAUUUCCUUUCUUUAUCAUGCUUUGUGCAUGCUCUCAUUGUGUGUAAAUGCAGUUCCUUGCAUCUUCAAGUCCAGAUUUAUCCCCUCAGAUCUAGUCCCUUGUUGUGAUAAUGACAUAACCUCACGGUGUGAGCAGUUUCAAUGCCUGUGAACAACGGAGCAACAUCCCAUGGCUCUCCAAUAGUGUCAGUGACUGUACAAGACUGUUGCAUCAUAAGAGCUGACUGUGUCAGGCUACAGUGCUUUAAUACUUUCAUGCUCUUUGUGACCUACAAUGCAACAGCACCUGUGGGACGUGUUGCAGUUCAUAGGAAAGUGAUGUGCUGUAAUGUAUGACAUUGCACAACUGCAAAGACUGUAGGGAAGCCAUCUGAUAUCACAAACAUUCAUCACUUGCUGAUACUACUGCGGAACACAUUGACUUUUAAAGUAAGCUCAGUUGUUGUUCAUAUUGUAUGGCAAAAGUGCACUGGCACAGCAUGGGGCACAAACUGCCAAUAACCAUGACACAUUGCAUCCUCUGAUUCAUUGCUUUACCUGCUGGUAAACUAAGUGUUCAGUGCCAUUAAAAAGAUGGCAGUGUAUAGAGACAACUUAUUGGUGCUGCUUUGCAUCAUGAAGGAGGUUUUAAAUAAAAUUGGCCUGCUGCUCAUGGAAAUUUAUUUGUACAUGAAACUGUAUCACGUGAAACUAAACAGAUGAUUUAAUGUUUACACUCUUCCAUUUUUUGCACCUUUUUACAAUGCUUGCAUUCUCAUAUUACAUUUCUUUAUGCUCAGUAAUUAUGCUCAGCACAGAAAAAGUUACAUCUAGAAAGCAGAGCAGAACAAGGGUGCAAACUACAGUAUUACAAAGUGCACUCGGGGUUGAGCCAUAAUGAAGCUAGAACAGUCAUGCAAAAUAUCUUGCAAAUAACAAGGUGCUCCAUAACCACCAUAUAAGUUCAUUUCUCGGUAAGAAUGUGAAUAUCUGCUAGUUAAAGACAUAAUUAUACAUUAUAUUUAAUGGUAGGGACAGUGUAAACCUUGGAUUAAACAGGUGUUUGAUAAAGUAGUAAUUCACUUUAUUUGCUUGUUUCAUUUACAAGUUCAGCUGCUGGCCACAUUCAGGUGCCAAGGCAGCUGGUUACGUGCGUAUAUUGAGGGUACAAAAGCAAACGAAAAAAUUCAGCAAACAACAUUGCAAUGUUAAACUGAUAGCAUAAGCACAAAAUAUCAGAGAAGCUAUAUAACGUGUGGAAAACAAACCGAAAUGACAUACAUAAAGUGUGCAAAGAUGCAAAUUUUCAAAUGCGUGCAAGCAUUUGCGAUUUUUGCUACAAAUGGACUCGUUGCAUUCCUGCUUGGCUUGAGAAUUAUGUAAAUAAUAUUUUUCGAUAAUCGUGAAGGGUUCAAUGGGCAGGCACCAACCAUGACAGCUCAGUGGCUAUGGCAUUCUUCUGCUGAGCAUGUGGUAGUUGACUUGACACCCGGCUAUAGUGGCUGCAUUCCAAAUAAGGCGGAAUUGCAAAAAAUGCUCAUGUAUAGAGCUUGGGGGGACACGUUUAAGGAACCCCAUGCUGUCAAAAUCAAUAUGGAGCUGUACACUGCAGUAUCUAUCAUGCACAGCAGGUGUAAUUGCAGGUGUACUGCAUUAUUGCGGUCUGUAUUACGUAUCAUUAUUUACAAAACACUAGGCUAUUACCUGAACCUGUGUUUCAAGUAAAACCAUAUUUCCUAUUGCAGGAAGAAUUGUUGUAUAGUAUUAUCAUAAACAGGGAGCAAUUACUGGAUUAGUAUUCGUUUGUAUAUAGUUAAUUGGGCCUGACCUAACAAGGAAUGCUCGAUUUUUAGGCUGCCUACAGAUUAAUCUCAAAUUAUGCAAAGCAGUGCCGUGUUCUUCCUGGUGAUGCUCACCAUAUCUGCAUCACAGGGUGUGUAGUUUUAAAGAGUGCUAUGUUAUCGCUGAGUGAUAAGGGCAAACUGCUUAGACUCGAGAGCGAUCAUUUUCUACCUGUAAAUACUUAUUCAUUAUAUGUUUUCAUUAUUUAUUUUUCAUAUAACCAAUUUAAGCUUUUCACAUUGCGUCUGUUUGCUGUUUUUCUUUUUCUGUUAUUAUUGUAUUCAUACAAAACUGUGAUGACCUUCCUCUUAUUUAUUUGCAGCCCAUUUGAGUACACCUUUUAUAUUUUACAGUAGACAACCUUAGGAGCUUUGGAAUAGAAAAAAAGUGUACUUUUACCCUUUUGCCUAUUCCAUCUAUUUUUGUGAACUUUUUACACAUACUUAUUUAGUAUUCAAUUCUGUAUUCAAAGUCAAUUGUUCCUAAAUAUUUAUAUUCAACUUAGUUGCAAGAUUUUACUAUUUGCACUUCCAUUACUAGUAAUAAAGUGCCCAUUAUAUAUAAUUAAAAUGAUAUCUAUGCUCUAAAUCAGUUAUAGCACAUCAUGUGCUCUGAUUAAAAGAGCUGAAUAACCUGUAAUGUUGGCACUGGCCACUAGUGCCACUUAGAUCAUACAGCUAAAGUACCACUAGAAGGUGUGGCUGUGUUCUUAACUAUAGUAGCUCACGACUGCUGGCCAGGCACUAGCUCGUGCAGCAUGGAAAAAAAAAAUAACAUAUUACCACUGCAAGAUUUUCUUUUUAUUUGAUGACGGGUAACUUUGCUUCACCCCAAAAAUAAACAAGAAUAUGUGUUUUUGUUUAGAUUGUGAUAACAUAUACUGGCUAUAUACACUGGAAUUUCCAAUGCAUUAGCAGAUAUAACCUGUACAAUAUUAGGGAAAAGGUCAUUAGGAAAGACAUCUUUGUAAAGUUUCUUUUGAGUUGACACAUUACAAUGGUUUAAAUUUGAAGAUGUCAUCAUUUCAUGCCAUCUAGUGAUGUGGUUAUUUUGCUUCAGAGACAAAUUUGAGCUGCUGUGAACUGCACAAUACAAGGGUGUGCUGAUAAGUCUUGAGCUUUAUUGAAAAAGAAGUCAUUGUAAUUUUCCACUUAUUCAAAAUAUUCUCUCUGAAGGUCAGUGCAUUUUGGACAAUGAAGAUUCAGCUUUUAUUGGCCUGUCAGGAAAAACAAUUAAGCUCAGUGAGAAAGGAAUCGCAGGUUGCUUGCAACUUGCUCAAAUACCUUGCAACCACACUGCUGAUCUUAAAAAAAUUUGGUCGCAUCAAAUUUGAUCGCACUGAUGUUGCGGUACUUGGAAAACCUCACCUAGUUGCUUUUCCUCCACCAAGACACCGCACCACCAAUAUCCACUGUGAGUGAGUCAUCGCAUAUGCCGCUAUCCUCUGUGCUGCUGCUUCCACUGAUUCUUGGACCCCUCCUGAGACCCUUCCUGGGAACCUUCUUGAGAUGUUCCUGAGAGUGUUUCGUGGAAUGUCCUUGUGGCCCUUUCUUGAGAUGCUCUUGGAACUGUUUUCUUGUUCAGGCAGCAGUUCGCUGUCUGCACUUUUCCCACCACUGUUCCUGGGAUUGUUCUUGUCACUGUUUUCUCGUUCGGGUAGCAGUUGCUGAAUGGUCUUCACCAAGACAACCAAUUUGGAAAGCGAUUCGGAAAGUGAUUGGGCAUGGAACCAUUAAUCUGCAGCUUCUAAAACUUGUUCACAGAUGGAAAAAUUUGUGCCUUUGAAGUGUUCCUUCAGGUUAGGAGAAAGAUGAUAAUCACUGGGUCUAGCAGGUAAGGGAGAUGUUGCACGAAUUCAAGCAUGACGUCAGCCAGUUUUCUGCUUCAUGAUGGUGGCCUUGUGUAGCAGUGCAUCAUCAUGCAAAAGUAACAACCUAACUUAGCAAUUUUCCUCAAGGCUUGUCAGAUCCUGCCUCGCUAUGGCCAAUAGUGAUAAAUAACAAACUGCUUUGAGUGUGUUAUCUUCCAGAUGGUCAACGAAGAUGUUUCUAUCCUUGUCCCAAAAUGCGGAUGUCAUCACCUUUCCUGUGGAUACUGGUACUAGGAAUUGCUUUUGCAGAGGGUAACCCAAAUGUUUCCACUCUUUCGACUGUUUGGUCUCAGGAUUGUACAAAUAUAAUCAUAUCUGAUCCAUCAUGAGCAGCCUACACUAAAAUUACCUUUAUCAUCUUCAAAAUGGUAGAGAAUGGCCUGAGUUGACAUGCAUCUGGUCAGCACUAAGGAAUUUGGAGACCACUUGGUUGUAACCAUCACGUCCAGCACAUCAGUGAGUAUCUAGUUUAUGCACUGUUGUUACAAAUUAAGGGUCACUACUAUGUGUUUAGCUGAGGUCGUUCUGUUUUCCAAAACCAUUUCAUGAACAGGGUCCAUAUUUGCCCAAGAGGUCACUUCCACAAGUCUCGCAGUACAUUCAUCUUCCAUGCUGAUGUGGCCUGUACAAAAUAUAGCCACCCAUCUUUUGACUGUAGCAUAUGAAGGGGAAUCAUUCUCUACUGUUGCUCACAGUCUCAAAAAUCUCCUUUGCAGAAUUCUCUCAUGCUUAGAUAAAUUUGAUAACUGUAUGACACGCUUUCGGAGUAAAAUACAAUGCAAUUGACGCAGUCUUCACUUCAGAAGUGAAAAGUUUAGAGAAAAAUGGCUUAAAGGGUAAAUUUGCAAUAUAGUUGUGCCAGAUAAUAUAUUUUAUAACUUAAUACCAAAAGUUUUUAUUAGACGAGAGGAUAAUGGUAAGCUUCAUGAUUUAUCAACGCUCGCUCGUAUAUAUGUUAUCUGUAAAUUUCUUGUUUUGUCAGCUAUGCUUCAUUCUUAUGGGGGGGCCAUCAUUGUUCACAAGUAUUUUUCUUGCUACAUUAUUAAAGAAUACUGAAUUUUCUAGCGAAAACACACUUGUACGCACAAACAAUGUAAAAAGCUGGCAAAGGCAGAAAGCUUGCUAAGGCAGAAAGCUUCUUGUAUGUUUCAUUGAUAGUAGAUGCACUUUAAGUUUACAAGGAACAAGUAAAUGAUUGCUCCUUGCCGCUUCAAUGUACUCUCAAUUCUAUCUUGAGCAUCUUCAACAUAAAUGCUGUGUUGCCAAGAGCGUAACAAUGAAUUGGCACAAAUGCCAGCAUCAGCACAGGUGACUGUAGCAACUGUUUCACUAGAACUGAGAGCUCUGCAUAAGGAUGUGAAAAGUCGUGCAAGAAUUUUAUAGAGAAUAUUAAAACAAUUACCCCUUUCAUGACGAUGUGAAAGUGACAAGAGGCAACCUAUUACUCGUCCUAAUUAUGUUCUCAUCAGCUUUCUCUCUCAUACCACAAAUAAAAUACAAAAAGUACAAUGACUUAAAAAUACUUUGUAUUUACAGUUCAUCUCUUUUUGAUUACACUACACGGUUACAUUUUAUCUGCUAACGCUGCAUACACAGACAUCACAGUUUAAUCGGGCUUGCCAUAGCAGGUUCUUAAAGAGCUCCUCACCAGACCACAUUGCAAAUUUUGGUUAUGCACUGUUGAACUUCUUGGGAGCAUUUCACCAAAAUAAUUUUUCAAAUUGGUUGAUUAUUGGAGGAGCUAGAAGAAAUUGAACUUCCUGUUACCAUGCCGCCAGGAAGCAAGCGUCACUUUGAAUGGAGA